AUGCCGCCCAAAAAGCGGCCAGCUGCACAAUCUGCAAGUGGGCCGCAUACCGCAAAGCGUCCUGCAGCCGCCAUCAAACGACCAGCUGGCCAUCAGGCUGCAUGUCCGCACUCCGUCUCCAACUUCUCAGAGGCACUCGUGGAGCGCCUGGAUCUGCAGCUGAAGGUGGACUUUGAUCGGCAGGUCUUGGCUGGCGAAUGCCAGCUGACGGUACGAUCGCUGCAGCCUGUGGACCAUGUGAUCUUGGACGUUUUGGACUUGGAAGUCCAAGAAGUCACGAAAGAGGAUGGCACAGCAGUGCAGUGGAAAGUGCAGAAGCCACCCGGGGCCAAAGCGAAUUUUGGUCAGUCGCUGACCAUCGACCUGGAUGCCGAAGUGACCAAGGUGUGCGUUAAGUACGAGACCACUGAGAAGAGCACAGCGCUCCAAUGGCUGAGGAAGGAACAGACGCAGGGGAAAGAAUUCCCGCUGUGCUUUACGCAGUCCCAGGCGAUCUGCGGAAGAUCGCUUCUGCCGUGUCAGGAUACGCCGUCCGUGAAGGCACCGUUUACUAUCGCUCUGACCGUACCGGCGGCUCUCACAGCGGUCGCAUCGGGCAACCCGAGUGGUGACGUUGUGACGCAGGGUGAUUCGCGCACUUUCAAGUAUGAGCAAAACGUUCCCGUCAUGUCCUACCUCAUUGGCUUUGUGGUCGCCCGGUUGGAAAGCUGCCGGAUUGGGCCCAGGAGUACAUGCUACGCAGAACCUGGCGUACUUCAGGCGGCACAAAAGGAGUUCCAGGACAUCGUUGAGGAAUUUAUUAUUACUGCCCAGGAAGUAGUAGGUGGCGCAGACUAUGAGUGGGGCAGCUACAAUGUGGCUGUCAUGCCUUCCUCUUUUGCCUACGGGGGGAUGGAAAAUCCGAACUGCACGUUUAUGAGCGCAUCCCUGAUUCCGGGGGAUCGCAGCCUGACGCCUACUUUGGCCCAUGAGAUCGUGCACUCCUGGAUUGGCAACCUGGUCACGAACGCCUUCUGGAAGGAUUUCUGGCUAAACGAAGGUUUCACCCGCUACAUCGAGCGGCGAGUGCUGGGUAAGCUCUACGGGCCGGCCUUUCGUGGAUUGCUGCUCAUGGUCGGCUACAAUGACCUGGUGAAGGCUGUCGAGAUGCUGACUAAGCAAGGCACGCCAGGUCUUACAAGGUUGGAGCCCCAGAUCGACGAGAUUGACCCGGAUGAUGCAUUUUCUCGGGUGCCGUAUGAGAAGGGCUCCCUUUUCUUGAUCUAUUUGGAGCAGAUCGUGGGAGGCGAGCAGGCAAUGACUGACUGGCUGCGCUCCUAUGUGCAGGAGUUUCGUGGCCGCAGCAUUGAGACCGCUGAUUUCAAGGCACACUUCCUCAAAUUCUUCCGCACGGUGAAAAGAGUGAACGAGGUUGACUGGGAGCACUGGCUUCAUGGUGAGGGACUGCCUGAUUUCGACCUCUCAGCUCAUGCGGACAAGUCGCUGCUGGAUGAAUGUAGGUCACUGGCCGAUAGCUGGCUGCAAAGUGGAUCUGCUGAUGUCGAGACUGGUCACAUGAAGGCGCAGCAAUGGAUGCUAUUCCUGGAUCACUUGAUCAACGCAGUGGUCGGCGGCAAGCAAAUAUCUGAGCCAGCCCUCGCUGAGAUGGAUGGCAAGUACAAGUUUUCUGCUACCGCUAAUGUUGAGGUAUCCUUUAGGUGGUGCUUGCUGGGAUGUAGGUGCCGCUGGAGAGGCUGUUUGGACUUGACAGCAAAGUUCCUGGCAAGUCAUGGCCGUGGUGUUUAUGUCAAGCCACUGUAUUUGGCCUUGAAGGAUUUUGACGAGGAGCGGGCAAGGAGUAUUUUUCAGCAGAAUCGCUCCUUCUACAUGUCAGUUGUGACGAGACAAGUCGCAGCCUUUCUAGACAAAUGA